AGGCAGCGCCGCUGACCCCGAUGGCUCAGGACAACGCCGCCUUCUGCGGGGUCCCCGAGGGGGUCCCGGGCGGGGGCGGGGGGGGCGUCCCGGGCGAGCCCAAACCCCCCCCUCCCGCCCCUCCCGCGCCCCCCAAACGCCGCCCGUGGGGGGCCGGGGGGGCCCGGGGGGCUCGGAAGCGCCAGCGCUACGUGGAGAAGGACGGGAGGUGCAACGUCCAGCACGGGAACGUGCGCGAGACCUACCGGUACCUCACCGACAUCUUCACCACCCUCGUGGACCUCAAGUGGCGCUUCAGCCUCCUCAUCUUCAUCCUGGCCUACGCCCUCACCUGGCUCUUCUUCGGCCUCAUCUGGUGGGUCAUCGCCUACAGCCGGGGGGACCUGGAGCACCUGGGGGACCACGCGUGGACCCCCUGCGUCAACAACCUCAACGGCUUCGUGUCGGCCUUCCUGUUCUCCAUCGAGACCGAGACCACCAUCGGCUACGGGCACCGCGUCAUCACCGACACCUGCCCCGAGGGCAUCGUCCUGCUGCUGCUGCAGGCCAUCCUGGGCUCCAUGGUGAACGCCUUCAUGGUGGGCUGCAUGUUCGUGAAGAUCUCGCAGCCCAACAAGCGCGCCGAGACCCUCGUGUUCUCCUCGCACGCCGUGGUCUCGCUGCGCGACGACCGCCUGUGCCUCAUGUUCCGCGUGGGCGACCUGAGGGAUUCCCACAUCGUGGAGGCCUCGAUCCGGGCCAAGCUCAUCCAGUCCAAGCAGACCCAGGAGGGCGAGUUCAUCCCCCUGGACCAGACCGACCUGAGCGUGGGCUUCGAGACGGGCGACGACCGGCUCUUCCUCGUGUCCCCCCUCAUCAUCAGCCACGAGAUCGACGAGCGCAGCCCCUUCUGGGACGUGUCGCGGGGGCAGCUGGAGAGGGACGACUUCGAGAUCGUCGUCAUCCUCGAGGGGAUGGUGGAGGCCACAGGGAUGACGUGCCAGGCGCGCAGCUCGUACCUGGCGGACGAGGUGCUGUGGGGUCACCGCUUCACGCCGCUGCUGAGCCUCGAGGAGGGUUUUUACGAGGUGGACUACGGGGGCUUCCACCACACCGUGCCCGUGCCCACCCCGGCCUGCAGCGCCCGCCAGCUCGCCGCCGCCGCCGCCCGCCGCGAUGCCCACCUUUACUGGUCCAUCCCCAGCCGCCUGGACGAGGCGGCGGCCGCGGGGGGCGAGGGGGACCCCGAAAUCGCCCCCGAGAGCAACGGCACCUUGGCCGGCCCCGAGGAGCGGUGACGGGCUCCCGAGCACCCCCGUGUACAAUAAAUGUCCCAUUUCCCCCCCCAUUGUGAUGGUGGGGGUGGUUCUGGGGUGCGGGGGGUGAAUUUGGGGUGUCCCUGGGCCUGGGGGGUGAACGGGGACCCCAAAAUCCCCCGCGAGAGCAUCAGGACCUUGGUCGGUCCCAGUGACAGACACUGCACUGCCCCCUCCCCCCCGGACGGCUCUGUUUAACAAAUACACCCCCAGUUCUGGUGGUGGGGGUGGUUUUGGGGUGCAAGGGCUGGAUUUGGGGUGUCCCUGAGCCUGGGGGGUGAAGGGCACCCCAAAAUCCCCCCUUGAGAGCAAUGGCACCCUGGCCGGCCCCGAGGAGCGGUGACGGGCUCCCGAGCACCCCCGUGUAUAAUAAAUGUCCCGUCCCCCCCC